AUGUCCUCAUACGUGAUGCGGCAGCAGCUGCUACAGCGAUGCGCCUGCGGCAGCCUCGCAGCAGCGGCACGCAGCGUGCCGCCGCCUCUGCUGCACAUGCGCCCCACAUCAGCAGCAGGUCGAGGCAGCCGCCGGGUGCGCACUCCAUUGGCGGUCUUGGCUGAGGCAUCGCAGGUCUCCGAAGAGGAGCGCAUUCGCGAGGUCAGGGCGGAGGCCACGCGCCGCAUCAAGGCGCUAGGCGCGCAGCGCAAGCUCAAGGAGGCAAUUCAGGAGCUGGCCGGCCUUUCCAGGCUGGGCGUGCAGCCCGACACGCAGGCGGGGACCGCGCUGGUCGCGGCAUGCGCGCAGAGCGGCAACAUGGAGAUGGCGGAGAGCGUGUUUGAGCAGCUUUUCGGUGACUUCCUGGCGCCCGACGAGGUGACGUUUGCGGUGCUGCUGCGGGGCUAUGGCGCCAAGAACCCGCCGCAGUGGGACCAAAUAGAUGCCAUGCUGACGAGGAUGCGCUCGCGCUUCAGCCUGGAGCCCUCGGCCGUCUCGUUCAACGCACUGCUGGAGGUGUGCGUGCGCACAGAGGACACGGACCGCGCCCUGGACGUUAUCGACCGCAUGGCUGACGACGGCGUCGACCCCGACGAGAUGACGAUCGCGGUGUGCUCGCGCAAGCGGCAGCUGCGCGCGUACCUGCGCAAGAGGCUGGCCUGA